AUGCCUCAGAUAUCCACCCCGUUACAGAUAGAAAAGGACGAAGACGGGUCUUUUUCAAACUCCUCUUGUCGAUACGCCAAAGCAAUUCACGAAUCCGAAGUUUCUUCUUCCCUUCCUGGUCUCCUAGAGCUUCGACAGUGCCCAGUCUUUUCCGAAGAAUGUCCUUUUAAAUCUGCUUCUAACCCGCAAGACUUCAGACAUCAGCUGAAGCGAAUCCCUCUCGGCCACAUGGCAAAAGAUGGACCGCUCUACAAUUCCCUCAAGUUUUUUCAUGAAUCGAAAGAAAAUCCAUCAGGCAACAAAUGUCCUGUUCGUGGGCAGGUUUCUGUUCCAGAGGAGUGGUCAUUUCAUCAAACGGUGGAAGAACUGUCGCUCAUAUCAAUCAUGGCAGAGAUGGCGCUGGCGAUCGAGCAGGAGGAUUUUCGCUCUGUUGACUCGGAAGGAAACGCAGAAACCUCAGCUGCUACCGAUUCUUCAACAUUGUCCCCUAUACCUUCUGAAGUAAGGGAUACUGACAAGUACCCAUCUAGGCCUUCCUUGUCUGAUGCUUUGAAGACUGGGACGGCUAAUUCCCACCAGGCUGCCGAGGGUGUACAAUUCGUGAAGCAGUUCGUUAGAGGAAAGAUUGACAGGGAACUAUAUGGUUUGAUGAUUGCACAGCUGUACCAUCUUUACGGAAGCCUAGAAAUAGCUCUUGAUCGGCAUGCACCAGCACUUUUUAACUCCUGCCAUUUUUCCAAUGAGCUGCACCGUAGAGCCGCCCUGCAAGAGGACGUUGAAUUUUGGCAUACAAACACACCAACGAUUAGUCCAGCGACGCGAGACUACAUUGACCGCAUCGAGCACCUAAGCGAAAAUAAGCCGUUACUGCUUCUUGCACAUGCCUACACUCGUCACCUUGGAGACUUGAGUGGAGGCAAAGUUCUAGCUCGAGUUGCCAAGAGAGCUCUGCUUCUGGUGGAUGACGAUGGUUUGGCAUUUUAUCACUUUCCUCAAGUGAAAAGCUUCAAGCUUUUCAAAGAUAAAUAUCGUGCAAUUUGUCUCUAG